AUGCGGUGUGGGUCUCAAGAUCACAGAUUCUCACUUCUCACUCUGACCAUGCAUGGCCUUCAUGACUCAACCUUGGCGAAUAUCAUCGAGUUUUCAUGCUUCUAUGUCAUCCAAAAUGUCACUCCGGGCGUCAUCCUUAUCACCACACGCAAGGGAUCGCCUAUGCGCUAUGUUUGCAUUCCGUGGAUGAUCUGGAUUGCCUGCCGCUUUAUACGCCCCUUUGGCGCAUCAGGAAGUCCUACUUGGUGCCAGGCAGUAACACAGCUCAUCAUUGCCACUUUGCAGGCGAUAAACCUAUUGCUGAUAAAUCCUCUCGAUCGGCGGGAUAUCUCCCACGGUGUAGACACCGCCGGUGGUUUUUGGAGUCUUUUAAUCAAAUCGGUUCGUUUGAUCGCCCAGACACGGGCAAUCAACACUCCUUGGCAAGUGAAGAAUGUGCCUCCUCAUCCGAAAUACUACACCCGGCGCGGGUUCCCUCCCAGUCGAUGUCGAUUUCUACUAAGACAGCUAGCAAUUGCCUCCUGGCAGUACCUGGUACUAGACAUCGUACAAAAUGUAUCACGUCAAAAAGCCAUUGAACGCGGUCCCCCGAGGGAUGUAUUCCCUCCAAUUGUGUGGAGUGUCUCUGGGGGACAGUGGGCGGAAAGAAUCGUUACACAUCUCUCUAUUUGGCUUUUGGUGAACCGUCUGAUUGGAGACCUGGCAUACCGAAUACUGUCGAUUGUGUUCGUUGGGAUCGGACAAGAGUCCCCCUCACACUGGCCACCAGCAUUCGGAAGCAUGCAUGAUCUUAUGACUCUACGCGAUUUUUGGGGGAGUUUCUGGCAUCAAUUCAUGCGUCAGCCUUUUACUUCGAUCAGCAAUUAUUUUGCACGGAAUGUGUUGAAUCUUACGCGGUCAUCGACAUUGGAGCGGUACACAAACCUAUUUUUCGUGUUUCUCAUAUCUGCAAUAUUCCAUGUGAUUGUCGACAUAUUGCAAAGCCUUCCCGUGGAUAAAUCAGGCUCAAUGCCAUUCUAUCUUGCGUUUGUCUUGGGAAUCAUGAUUGAGGACAGUGUGCAAGAAGCGUGGAAAUAUGCACAAAUCUCCGGCAGCAGUCGAGAAGUGACAACUAAGCUGCUUUCUGGAAUUACGCCUGCCUGGAGGCGUGUGAUCGGGCUGGUCUGGGUUGCUUUAUGGUUCGGGGUUACCUCAACAUGGUAUUUCACUCCGAUGCUUCAGUCCACGACAGAAGAUUUGCGCAUGGUGCCGUUCAGUGUCACAAAAUAUGUCGGUCUUAAGCCGCUGAUUGGGUUCGUCUUGAGCUAUGGAGCCCUUGUUGGCCUCGCCUUCGAAGUGGAGAUAUAA